UCGUGAUUGUAAAGGCAGCAGCUUAGCUUUUAAGGAUCCAUGAUGUAAAAUUUAUAAAUCGAACUCCUCAUCCCACGUGUUCAUCAUCCAAUGGCUACAAUCAUCACCACCGCCAACUUAAUAGCUCGACCAUUAACAAUCUUUAUGUAUCUUAUUUAUUUAACUGCGAUCCUAUACCCUAUAUAUGGUUCUUGGAAUUUAAAAACCUCCAUACAUGUUUCAUCAAUGGUUUUCUUUUGCUUCUUGGUAGACCAAAGAAGGAAAAUUAGAAGUACCAAGCCGGUGGCCGGAUCAUGUUCCCGGUGCGGCAGCGGCGCUAGCGUGGCUGACAUGAGAACAGCUACCAGGUUUUGUUAUGUCCCGUUUUAUUGGAAAUCUUGGAAAGCUGUUAUUUGUACAUUUUGUGGAGCUAUUCUUAAAUCAUAUUAUUAGUCAUCCUUCAUUUGUUUCUGUUUAGUCUUUUUUUUUUUUUUUUUUUUUUUUU